AUGCCAGCACAAGCACUCACUUCGGUCGCCAUCGACGCCCCUGCCCGUCAAGUCUGGGAUGUCCUUAUCGACUUCGACCAUUGGCCGGACUGGAAUACAUGGUUCAUAGCCAUGCACGCGCACUCAACGUCACCACAACUGGGAACGCAGGUCACGUUCACAAAUCGCAUGUCCGACAAGGCCAAGCCAGGCACAUACACCGCACGCAUCACGACCUGGAAGCCAGAGGCCCAUGAAUUCGCAUGGAAAGGGGGUCCACUGCCUGAAAUGAUGGGAUGGUUGCUUAUGGGGAACCAUUCAUUCAGACUCGUUGAGCAAGACGGGGGGAAGAGAACAAUGUUCCAUCACGGUGAGCGCGUGGAAGGCAUGCUUGGGGUGUUUGUGCCGCGGGAAAUGGUCAAAGAUUUGGUCAACAUGUUGGAGAAGUUUAAUGGAGAAUUGAAGAGACGGGUCGAGGGAGGUGUGAAGGUGGUUUGA